AUGAAACGCGAUUACACUGACCACAAGCCCGGGCAUCUGCACUCCACUCCUCCAUUAGGGAAGUCUCCACCAAGACCAGACGGCCACGCGAUGGCCGCACUUCUUCUCGCUCGUGCACCAGGGUCCAAAAAGUCUGGGACGCAGGAGGAUGAGGGGGUGAGAGCUACUGAGAACACGGACUUCAGGAGUUACGCGCACGACCCGGCUGUAAUGUGUCGUUACGAGCAGCAGGGUGCGCUGGAUCAGGUGCUGUUUUACGGGAUGAUGCACUACAUAGGGAAUAAGAUUAUAGCUCCUCCACCCUAUGAAGUGCACUACAUAGGGAAUAAGAUUAUAGCUCCUCCACCCUAUGAAGUGCACUACAUAGGGAAUAAGAUUAUAGCUCCUCCACCCUAUGAAGUGCACUACAUAGGGAAUAAGAUUAUAGCUCCUCCACCCUAUGAAGUGCACUACAUAGGGAAUAAGAUUAUAGCUCCUCCACCCUGUGAAGUGCACUACAUAGGGAAUAAGAUGAUAGCUCCUCCACCCUAUGAAGUGCACUACAUAGGGAAUAAGAUUAUAGCUCCUCCACCCUGUGAAGUGCACUACAUAGGGAAUAAGAUUAUAGCUCCUCCACCCUGUGAAGUGCACUACAUAGGGAAUAAGAUUAUAGCUCCUCCACCCUGUGAAGUGCACUACAUAGGGAAUAAGAUUAUAGCUCCUCCACCCUGUGAAGUGCACUACAUAGGGAAUAAGAUGAUAGCUCCUCCACCCUAUGAAGUGCACUACAUAGGGAAUAAGAUUAUAGCUCCUCCACCCUGUGAAGUGCACUACAUAGGGAAUAAGAUUAUAGCUCCUCCACCCUGUGAAGUGCACUACAUAGGGAAUAAGAUUAUAGCUCCUCCACCCUGUGAAGUGCACUACAUAGGGAAUAGGAUUAUAGCUCCUCCACCCUGUGAAGUGCACUAG